AUGCUAUCCGAGCUCCGCGCGCGCCCCGCGCCCCUCCUCCUCACGUCCGUCCUCUCUGAAACCUUGGCAGCGAAGGGGGAUCACAUUUCCUUUGUCAUCGGGCCAUUUCGCCCUCGCCUUGGUCCCCCCUCCGAUCCCGAGCCGCGGGGACGCAGCUUCCUCCGGGGCGCGCAGGAAUCAGUGGAGCCGGCAGCAGCCAGGCGCGGUGAGCUCGGGAGCCGCGUGGCCCACGCCGCCGGCCCGCGUCAUCUUCUCUCGGAGCCCCCGAGCGGGACUCGGGUGGCCUCGGCCGCGCCGCGCCUACUGGCCCUUGCUUGCGCCCCGCUCGGCGGCGCCCCGGCCGCCCAGCCCGCCGCCUUUGCCCGACGUGCGCCGGCCGCGCCCCACCUCCGGGCCGGGCCGCUCACCCCGCUCUCCUGGAAGGCUUCUCCUGGGCCUGCGAAACCUGCUUCCGCGGUCCCGGCCGGGGCGGGGCGGGGAGGGGGGCGUUUCCGGCGGGUUCCCUCCCCAGACCCGGGCCCGAACGCCCGCGUCGCUGCUGCCACUCGGGUUCUGCCGGACCAGACCGCAGCCCGCGGCACCGCCGUCCGUGCUCUGCUCGUCCCCGGUCCCCAGACCGCCAGCUGCCCGGAGGUGGGGGCCAGUCGCGCGCCGCGGGCACCGGUGACCCUCCGUGACUCUUCGUCGCACGCUGGCCCCGGGUUUGCGGCGACCGCAGGCAAGGGCCUUAGGUCUCCCCGUCUGGUUACGAGCCUCUUAGGGGGAACCCCUCGAGCGGUCUGUUGCAACCCACCUGAGGGCGUUUAUCAGGCAGGAGGAACCCGACAUAAUGAUGGAACAUCCUGGGACCGGGGGACAAAAGCCCAGAUGCUAAGGCCAACGGCAGGGAAAACUAGAGCGGAGUCCCCGAGGGCAUCACUGAGCACUAGAAGCAAGGCCGACAGCUGCCUACGUAUCCACUUCUCAAGCGAGAGAAAAACAGUCUUCGUUAAAAUUAUUAACCUAUUGGGGCCCCUGGGCGGCUCCGUCGGUUGAGCACACGACCUCGCCUCAGGUCAUGAUCUCACGGU